CCUGGACAUCCAGACUGCGUUUUGAAAGCGCGAUUGAAGCAAAUUCGUCUGGAAUGGAAGCGUCUACAGGGAUCGAAUGUGCUCAACAAACAGAUGCAAGGACUUUGGUCCGCCCACAGGCGCACGAAAGUGAAUCUGAACGCAGCACCUGUGAUCGAAGAGGUCCCCGAAGCGUCUCCGAACGAAGAACAGGCACCAGCAUCCUCUGACGCUUCUCCGGCUGCGACACCCUCUGCCAUCAACGGCAAGCGCAAAGUACGAAGCUCCCGAAACGACGAAACCAAUCUAAAUAAACGCGCAAAACUUACUGGCAACGGGACUAUUGCGAAAGACUACUCUCCACCCUCGGCUCGGCUCUCUGACCUGGGAGGGGUUGAACGAUGCAUCGAAAAGGUUCUCGAACUGGUUGCCAUGCCUCUCUCGCACCCAGAGAUCUACUUGCACACGGGUGUACCACCUCCCAGAGGGGUUUUGCUGUAUGGCCCUCCUGGUUCUGGAAAAACCUUGCUUGCGAAUGCGAUCGCUGGUGAGCUUGGCGUCCCUUUCAUCAACAUCUCUGCUCCUUCCAUUGUAUCCGGAAUGUCUGGAGAAUCGGAGAAAACAUUGAGGGAUGCCUUUGAAGAAGCCAAGCGUAUUGCGCCUUGCUUGCUUUUCAUUGACGAGAUUGAUGCUAUUGCCCCCAAACGAGAAAGCGCUCAGCGGGAAAUGGAAAGGCGUAUUGUGGCUCAGUUUCUGACAUGCAUGGACGAUCUAUCGUGGGAUAAAACCGAUAAUAAACCUGUGAUCGUCAUGGGCGCGACGAAUCGAGCCGACUCCCUUGAUGCUGCGUUGCGCAGAGCAGGUCGUUUCGAUCACGAGAUCAGCAUGGGGGUCCCAGACGAGAGUGCCCGUGAAAAGAUCCUCCGGGUUUUGUCCCUAAAAUUGCGUUUGGAAGGCGAUUUCGAUUUCACUAGCCUCGCACGAGCUACUCCAGGUUACGUUGGCGCCGACCUGGCUGCGCUUACUGGUGCUGCCGGUAUCAUCGCCGUAAAACGGAUAUUCAAGAAUUUAACUACCCAGAGGGCGAUGUUGAUAUGACUGAGCCUGGGCCAAACUCGAUCGCACAAUUUCUGCAGGCGCAUCCUGAUCCGUUAAGUGACGAACAGUUGCAGCCAUUGCAAAUCACGUCACACGACUUCAUGCUGGCUCUGAAAGAGGUGCAGCCGUCCUCUCAGCGGGAAGGAUUCGCUACGGUUCCCGAUGUGACGUGGGAAGAUAUCGGCGCGUUGCAUGAGACUCGGGACGCACUGCAAAUGGCUAUCGUUCUACCACUGCAACACCCGGAGCUGUUUCGCAGUGUGGGAAUUGCUGCUCCAUGCGGGGUUCUGCUCUGGGGACCCCCCGGCUGCGGUAAAACUCUGCUUGCCAAGGCAGUAGCCAACCAGAGCCAGGCGAAUUUCAUCAGCGUCAAGGGUCCUGAGCUGCUGAACAAGUACGUCGGUGAAAGCGAGCGAGCCGUACGGCAAGUGUUCACCCGCGCUCGAGCGUCGUCGCCUUGUGUGAUAUUUUUUGAUGAGCUUGAUGCGCUGGUCCCUCGCCGGGACGACAGUAUGUCUGAAUCCUCCGCGCGGGUGGUCAACACCUUACUCACAGAACUCGACGGCUUGGAUGCCCGCAAAAGUGUUUAUGUUGUCGCUGCAACCAACAGACCAGACAUGAUCGACCCUGCUAUGGUUCGCCCGGGGCGACUAGACAAACUUCUAUAUGUGGACCUUCCUUCUGCGCAAGAGAGGGCGGAGAUCUCACGAACGCUGCUGCGCGGAGUGCCACUGUCCGACUCUGUGGACGCCGUGGCCCAGCUUGUUUCCGACAGGUGCGAGGGAUACAGCGGAGCGGAUCUAGCCUCGCUCGUCAGAGAAGCUGGCGUCUGUGCUCUUCGUCGUUCCAUCGGACCCAUAGACAUUUCCACUCAGCCGACCACUGUGACAGUUACAGUCCCUGAUUUCGUAGAGGCCCUUGAAAAAGUGGGGCCUAGUGUGAGCAUUGCUCAGCGAAGAAAGUACGAAUCUCUGCGGACAAAACUCUCAGGGCUGCCGGUCAGAGUGGGUAAAGACGAGGAUCACAAACGAGUAGAUUCAUGAUCAUGAUGUUACAAGUAAUCAGAUUACCUUCGGUCAAUGCCGUAAUAUGAUCUCAUUUUCAAAUGACUCAAAACCAAAAAAGUAGCUUCUGUUUCCACUCACCACCACGCCGCGAUGUGCCCCCACGACAAUAUCGAAUCUGCACCUGUCGACAAGUCUGAAAUGGUCGAAGUCCCUCUGGCUGCACCUAGCAAAAGGGGUACAUCUGCCAAGGUCAACGGUUUCAAUGGCCAUGUCGCUACCCCAGAACAAAAGUCAAAUCCAUAUGCACCCCGCGCGGCGGACUUCUUGUCCAACAUCUCCAACUUCAACAUCAUCGAAAGCACCCUCCGAGAGGGAGAGCAGUUCGCAAAUGCGUUCUUCGACACCAAGACCAAGAUCGCGAUCGCCAAAGCCCUCGAUGCAUUCGGUGUCGAAUACAUCGAACUGACCUCCCCGGCCGCCUCUGAACAAUCGCGACUGGAUUGUGAGGCUAUCUGCAAGCUCGGCCUCAAGGCCAAGAUCUUGACCCAUAUCCGGUGUCACAUGGAUGAUGCUCGGAUUGCUGUUGAGACUGGUGUGGACGGCGUCGAUGUCGUCAUCGGAACUUCCUCCUUCCUCCGCGAGUUUUCUCAUGGCAAGGACAUGGCUUAUAUCACCAAGACGGCCAUUGAAGUCAUCAACUUCGUCAAGUCCAAGGGAAUCGAAGUCCGCUUCUCAUCUGAAGACUCUUUCCGCUCCGACCUCGUUGACCUUCUCUCCAUCUAUCAAACCGUGGACAAAAUCGGCGUUCACCGAGUUGGUAUCGCCGACACAGUCGGCUGUGCCAAUCCGCGACAAGUUUACGAUCUUGUGAGGACGCUGCGUGGAGUGGUGAACUGCGACAUCGAGAUCCAUCUGCACAAUGAUACAGGCAUGGCCAUUGCCAACGCGUACACUGCUCUGGAGGCUGGUGCAACUCACAUCGACACUUCUGUUCUUGGCAUUGGCGAGCGCGUUGGUAUCACACCUCUGGGUGGAUUGGUUGCUUGUUUGUACGCUGCCAACCCUGAAUACGUCAAGUCCAAGUACAAUCUGCAUAUGCUGCGAGAGAUCGAGAACUUGGUUGCGGAGGCCGUCGAGGUCAACAUCCCGUUCAUGAACCCGAUCACGGGCUACUGUGCUUUCACACACAAGGCUGGCAUCCACGCCAAGGCCAUUCUCAACAACCCCAGCACCUACGAAAUCCUCAAGCCCGAGGAUUUUGGUCUCACUCGCUAUGUGUCUAUUGGGCAUCGUCUCACUGGUUGGAACGCGGUCAAGUCACGAGCUGAGCAACUCAACCUCACCAUGACCGAUGAUCAGAUCAAGGAUGCGACUGCCAAGAUCAAGGAGCUCGCGGACGUGCGAACACAGUCCAUGGAUGACGUCGACUCACUCUUGCGAAUUUACCACUCCGGAAUUCAAUCCGGUGAACUUGCUGUCGGCCAAAAGGAAGCUCUGGACAGGCUCUUGCGGAGACAUCGGGAUGAGGCUGCAGGCCGCCCGUCCAGCCCUUCCCGCGAGAGAGAGUAGAUACUCGCCCUACAAAUCAAACAAAAUGAAUGUCUUGACUAUAUGUUGUCUAC